AUGCUGUACGAGCUCAUCGGCAUAGCGCGCCCCGGCAACGUAGCCGAGGUGAAGGAGAUCGUGCUGGCGACGGGGCAGCUGAUCCUGCAGCAGCGGGGGGUGAUCCGCGGGGUAGCGAACUGGGGGGUAUUCCUGCUGCCGCGGGCGACGAGCGUGCACCAGAUGCGGCACCAUGAGGGCCACUACUUCGCACUGCGCUACGACGCCUCCGUCGCCACACAGCGCGCCGUCCGCGGCAUGCUCGCCCUCGACCCCCGCAUGAUUCGCCACGCCUGCGUCAAGCUCGGCGACGGAAAGCUUCCGAGCCUCGCCCGCUUUGGGCCCCCCGAGUGGGUUGAGUGA